GAGAGAGUAUCAAGCAAACACAUAUCAGAAGCUUGGCGAAGCUGCUAUUCUUUGCGUACUAUAAAAGGAGGGCUUAAUACCAAAACAAUGGCUUCUUCCACUCUCCUUGGCAGAGUAUCGGCCUGCGUCACUUCCUCCACGAUACGACGACGUUUGCCCCUCGUUGGAGCGUUUUGCAUGCUUAGCUUCGGUCUCUCCAAUCUCUAUCCUUCUCUCUCUUCGUCUUCCUCCAAAACGGGUUCUGCUCACUCUCUCCCCUUCCCUCCUCUCUUACGAUCAAAAUUUGGUGCUUCAUCGGUCAAGACUACUGGUACGAUCAGAAUGGAAGGGAGCAGUAACACUGUCCCGAGCAUUGUUGUUUACGUUACUGUGCCUAAUAGAGAAGCAGGGAAGAAGUUAGCUGACAGCAUAGUAAGAGAGAAACUUGCAGCAUGUGUGAACAUAGUGCCAGGCAUUGAGUCAGUAUAUGAGUGGGAAGGAAAGGUCCAAACAGAUUCUGAGGAACUGCUCAUAAUCAAGACCAGGCAAUCCCUCUUGGACGCUCUGACAGAACAUGUCAAGGCAAAUCAUGAAUAUGACGUACCAGAAGUGAUAGCCUUGCCAAUUCUUGGAGGUAGUCUCCAGUAUCUUGAAUGGGUCAAAAACAACACAAAGGGGUGAGUUCUCAAGGAUCUUUAGUGCAUAAACGAUGUAUCUUUGGCCAAGCAUUGGUUGUUUCAUUAUCCAUGCAGACGGCUUCCUCUUACCAUGAAUAAAGCUGAGUAUGGGAUGUUUGUGAUUUGUCAAUUAGGAACAGAAAUCUAGUAUUUAAUUAAGAAGCUGCUUUGAGUUUUCUGUGAUGGGUGAAGUUGUAAGAUAUAGACCUGCAUUGAAGUUAAUGGGAGAUGCUUUUCUUAUUUGCA